AUGGAGGACAGAAAUGGUGUGCCAUUGUUGCUAGCUGUAAUAUAUUCUGUUUUCGCACAUGUAUCAUGCUAUAAGUUGAUACAUAACACGAAGGAUAUGUUUAUACGAGCACGCAUGUGUGGGAAAGACAUGAACAAAAUAAGUGAAGAAAAAUGUCCUGAAGGUUUGGGAGUCAUUAGUGGAGCCAUGUUUUUAAUAUCCUCUUUUCUGUUUAUUCCUGUCCCAUUUCUAGAUACUCAGAGCUACAGGUACAGUUGUCAUGACAACAAUGAAUUUUGUUAUCUUAUUUUUACCAUUCUAGUUUACUCUUUUAUAUGUGCUCUAUUGUCAAUAUGUUGUAUGAUAUUUCUUGGAUUUGCUGAUGAUGUCUUUGAUUUGAGAUGGCGUCAUAAAAUCUUUUUACCAACCAUUGCUUCUCUACCAUUGUUAAUGGUGUAUUUUGUUAGCGGAGGAUCUACUACAAUAAUAGUCCCUAUUCCCUUUAGAUCGUUGCUAGGAUAUGACUUACCAUUAGGUAUACUGGUAUAUAUCUAUAUGGGUAUGUUAGCAGUAUUCUGUACUAAUGCUAUCAAUAUAUUGGCUGGCAUUAAUGGAGUAGAGGUGGGACAAUCUGUUGCCAUAGCAAUCUCUAUAGCGAUAUUUAAUUUCAUUGAAUUGACGGGACCAUUUGCCGACAAACAUCGUUUUUCACUUUAUCUCAUAUUACCAUUUAUUGGAGUCUCCUUUGCUUUGCUCCGACAUAAUUGGUAUCCAUCACAAGUGUUUGUUGGUGAUACAUAUUGUUAUUUUGCUGGAAUGACAUUUGCUGUUGUUGCUAUUCUUGGAUCUUUUAGUAAAACAAUGUUACUUUUUUUUAUACCACAGGUUUUUAACUUUUUAUAUUCAGUACCUCAAUUGUUUCGUAUUGUUCCUUGUCCACGACAUCGACUACCAAAGUUUAAUCAAUCCACUGGUCUUCUCAAUAUGAGCUAUGUCCAGUUUCCUCCAGACCAGUUGGGACCAGGUGGUAAACUCUUUUUAAUGAUAGUUGAUACAUUGGGUCUGGCCCACGUUGAGUGGUCAGUUGGAAAGAAACAAGAUGAGAUACGAGUUAGUAAUUGGACUAUUAUCAAUUUUGUGCUCAAGUUUGUUGGACCAACUCAUGAGAGAACACUUACUAUAUACAUGUUAUUGAUACAGAUGUUGGGAACAGUGAUAGCAUUCAGUAUCAGAUAUGGGUUUGUACGAUUCUUCUACGACAUUGUUCAGUAA